CUACCGUCUCAAAUAGCGUUCAUCUUGUUUUUUGUUUUUUUUACAGUGUCCACUCGCUGGUGCUGUGAGGCCUGUUCAACUACACUCCCGGUAAUCGGACUCGGAUACUCGUAACCAUGGAAAUCGGAACGGAGAUCAGUCGCAAAAUUCGGACAGCCAUUAAAGGAAAGCUGCAGGAGCUUGGAGCUUAUGUUGAUGAAGAGCUACCUGAUUAUAUUAUGGUGAUGGUUGCCAAUAAGAAAAGUCAGAAGCAGAUGACUGAUGACCUGUCAUUAUUCCUCGGAAGCAACACCUCCAGAUUCACAACUUGGCUGCAAGGAGUACUGGAUAAGCUGCGCUCAGUCACACCAGAGUCCAACAGCAAGUCUUCAGAUGCUAUUAUAUUUGAAAGCAGCAUGCCAUCACUUAAAAGUCUGUCCAACAGUAGUGAGGAUUUGGUGAAAGAUGGUCCAGCACUCACAGUCUUCAGCACAAGACAUGAAAGAUAUGACUCCACCGGCUCCCACGGGGAAGCGGCAUUAGGUAGCAGUGGCUCAGUGGCACGCCUGACUUCUGCCGUAAAACCACUACGGGAAGGAUCACCUUCUGAAGCAGUCAUUGACAUUAAACUUGACCUUGAUGAUCCUUUUAAUGAAGACCUCAGUUUAGCUGCUGAAACUACAAUUCUAUCAAGAAAGAGAGCUGCACUGUCUGCUAGUUAUAGGACUUUGCGGCCUACUGCAGAAGUGUAUAGACCUCCUGGAAGUGGGCAACAUGCAUACCAUACAAAUGAAAACAACUCUGGCUUGCACAGAUUUCCACAGAGCGGCUUUGUUUCUGGAAAAUCAUUUAAUUUGCAAAGCAGCAGGACUGUUGGGUCUUCAAGAAUACAGGACUCAAAGGAUGUGAGUGACUUAUCUGAGACUUACCAGACUGCUUUUCGAUUGGCAUCUGAAAAAUCAUUAAGAGAGGAAGAAACUUCACGAAAAAGGAGACUGCCUGUGGCUAGCUCAGUAGUGAAAGUAAAAAAACUUGUCACUGAUGGAGAAGAGGAGGAUGAGGAUGAGGGGGAAGAGGAUGAAGAAGGGGCAGACUGUAUAUCUCGAACAGCUGGUAUUUCUAGCAGUGUGUCUGUCCCAGCCAGGCCUGAACGAAGACCAUCACUUCCUCCCUCCAAGCAAGCUAACAAGAAUUUAAUUCUUAAAGCUAUAUCUGAAGCCCAAGACUCUGUUACCAAAACAACAAAUUACUCUACAGCUGCACCCCAAAAACAAACUGUACCAGUGAUUCCAAGAUCGCGUCUGCUUCCAGAGGAGGAGCUAAUGUUGUUGCAGAAUAGAUCAUCUCUACUUAACUACCCUCCCGAGUUUGCAGAUGUACAAGAGGGCCAACAAGAGGCAAUGCCAGAAACUCUGCACAAGAUGGAUCUACUCUCCAGGCUGCAGCCAAAUCUAGAGGAAGAAAUAGAACUGCAAAAUCCAGAGGAAGCAGAAAUUCUGAGACCAGUGGAUAGCAGAUCCUUUAUUUUGAAAAGGCCUAAAUUCUCCAAAGAAGCAUCUCCGCAAAUCCAGAACAAUUCUGUCUCUCCUGCUUGCCCACCUCAGCCUCUGUCAGGGCGCAUGAUUCAGCCAAGGGAAGCACAAACUUAUGAGAAACCUGCAAGCCCCAAGUUUAUUGUGACUCUAGAUGGGGUGCCCAGCCCACCUGGUUAUAUCUUGGACCAGGAUGCAGAAGAGCCAAUGUGUUAUACUGAGCAAGGAGAAAAUUAUGCAGAGCAGCUCAGUGUAGUAACAAGGCCAGGCCAGAACUAUCCAGUGCAGCUUGUUACUGAUCCUCUGUGCACCAAUGAUGUUGUGAUGGAAAGCACAAGUAAAGAUACAAAGGAGAAAAUUAGAGAGCGCUGCAAAUAUUGGCCUGCAUGUAAAAAUGCUGACAGCUGUGAAUAUCAUCACCCAACAAAUCCAUGCAAAUCGUUUCCCAACUGCCGGUUUGCAGACAAAUGUUUUUUCAUCCACCCAAACUGUAAAUAUGAUGCAAAGUGUACAAAAUCAGACUGUCCAUUCACGCACGCCAGCAAACGCUUUCCUGUGCCACCAGUAAAACCAGUAAAACCAGUUUCCACCACCUCCUCCUCACGUCCUUCCUCCCAGCCAUGCCGGUAUUUCCCUGCUUGCAAGAAAACAGACUGCCCUUUCUACCACCCAAAGCACUGUCGAUUCAAUACCCAGUGCACACGAACAGACUGUAAGUUCUACCACCCUACAGUGUCUGUACCUCCUCGGCAUGCCUUAACAUGGACACGUGCACAAGCCAGUGACUGAUUUUGUUCCACUAGAUGGAAGGAUGUUGCUCUUUUUGGGGCAUUUAUUGUGUGACUGCUGAAGCAUCAAGACUCCCUCGAAGGGCAGAAAACAACUCGCUCUGGCUACUUACUGAAGACACGGUUUUUGGUUUUUUUCUGUCUGCACAUUCGGUUGUUUUUUAUGUGUUUUAGACUUUGUUUUAGUUACACUUUACUGGAUUGUAAAAUAUAUUUUUUUGCAAUGUAUUUAGAAUGGUUUUAUAUGCUGCUAAAUGGGAAAUCCUUGUCAUGUUUGUAGAACAAGGACUUUUUUAAACCAUUUUGUGAAGCCAUUGAACUUGAAGCUUUUCCUUGUAUUGUUGAAUUCUGCAGAAUACAAUUGUUUCAACACA